CCCGCCGGGCCGGGCCGGGCGCGUUGCGGCGGAGCGAGCGGGCGGCGGCGCUCGGCGCCCCCCACCCGGUAUCCCCGGGUCCCCCCCCCCGGGUCCCCCCCCGUCCCCCCCCGGCGGCGAGGGGCCCCGGCCAUGCCCCCCGGAGCCUGAAGCCCGCGGCCGCGGGGCGCCCGCAGCAUGCGGAGGAUCCGGCGGCUGGUGCAUCUGGUGCUCUUCUGCCCCCUCUCCAAGGGCCUGCAGAGUCGCCUCCCAGGCAUCAAGGUGAAAUACCUGCUGGUGGUGUGGCUGGGCAUCUUCGUAGGCAGCUGGGUGGCGUACAUGCAUUACUCGUCCUACUCUGAGCUCUGCCGCGGCCACGUCUGCCGGAUGAUAAUCUGUGACCAGUACAAGAAAGGAAUUAUUUCUGGCUCCACUUGCAAAGACCUGUGCGAGGAGCGCAGCCUCCUCUUCCAGCACUGCCUCUCCUCCUCUCCCACCCAGCAGGUUUACAGUGGGCUCUGGAGGGAGACAGAGGUGAUCAUCAAAUGCGGCAUCGAAGAAGCCUUGAAGGCAGACAGCCACCCGGACUCUGUGCCCAGGAGGGACGUGGUCCUCUUUGACAAACCGACACGAGGGACGUCGAUGGAUGAGUUCAAAGAAAUGCUCCUGAACUUCCUGAAGUCCAACCUGGGAGAUCAGCCUUCUCUUGCAGCCCUGGUGAGCCGGAUCAUCGCCAUGGCAGAUGUGAACCGGGAUGGGAAAGUGUCUUUAGCAGAGGCCAAAUCCAUCUGGGCGCUACUUCAGCUCAAUGAGUUUCUUCUCAUGCUCUCCUUGCAUGAGAAAGAGCACACCUCCAAACUGCUGGGGCACUGCGGGGACCUCUAUGUCACCGAGAAGAUCCCCCACACCUCCCUCUACGGAGUGGAUGUCCCCCCCUUCCUCCAGUCGCUGCUGCCUUCAGUUGUCCACCAAAUUAUCCACCAGUGGUUCGCGCCAGCGUGGCCCCGGCGGGCAAAGAUCGCCAUCGGCCUUCUGGAGUUCGUAGAGGAGAUAUUCCACGGGACCUAUGGGAACUUCUACAUCUGCGAGACCGGCUUUAAGAACGUGGGCUACAAUGAUAAAUAUGACUUCAAAAUGGUCAACCUGAGGAAGGUGGCAACGGAGAUGACAAUCAGAGGUUUCCUCAAGGGACGUCACUGUGAGCAGAACGUGGACUGCACCUACGGGAAGGACUGUAUGGCGACGUGCGACAAACUCAUGAAGCAGUGCAAAAGCGACAUGGUGCAGCCCAACCUGGCGAAGGUCUGCGGGUUGCUGCAGGACUACUUGCUGUACAGAGCACCACCGGAGCUGAAAGAAGAGCUGCAGAAACAGCUCCGAACUUGCAUGACCCUCAGCGGCCUGGCCAGCCAGAUGGAAGUGCACCACUCCCUCGUGCUGAACAACCUCAAGACCUUGCUCUGGAAGAAGAUUUCAAACACCAAAUAUUCCUAACGGGGGAAGCGCAGCCCUGGAGUUUAGAAUCUGCAAUUUUGGAGUAAAAUCCAAGGGUUGAAGGCCUGUUUCUCCAUCGUCUCCCCCACAGGAAAUAUACACUCUACACAGGGAGUUCAGCGUAGCUGCAGCCCCUUCUCCUUCAUGGAAAACCAAGCAUCAUGACUUCCACCGCCCAGCGGGAUCAUCGAUACAGUCGGCAGGAGCGUGCUGCGGAGCUGGGACACCGGGAGCCGGGCUGACCAGGCUUGGGGGAAGAAGAUGACACGGAAAGCGAUAAAGAAGCGGAGCCCAGCUGGACGCAUCUACCUGUUUCUUGAUUAACAGGAAAGCAGUGCAGAGAGAUGAGAAUGAAUCAUUCAUGCUGUACUUGUCACAUCUUCUUUUGAUGAACGUCUCUGAUGUAAAUAAAUAGCUUUUAUGUGAAUCACACCAGUACAUCAAUAGCAAAACAGCAGCCUUUUAAGUACCAGCUUGCUUGUGAUCUAAAAAGGAGAAAAAGGUAGAUUUCCCUAUUCAAAAGUCUCUCCUUAAGUGUCUGAGUCAUCCAGCUCCAGAUCCAGCUGUAACUUAGGAAGCAGAUAAGCAGUCUUUUCCACAGCGGAGAACCCUGGCAAUUCUUUCAUUCCUUUUUUAAGUGCCUGACCCCAGACAGCGAUGUGAUGGCUGGUGUGAGGCUCCCACCCGGCUGCUCCUGCCUGCAGCCUGAAACUGGCAGCACAGGCCGUUCCCUCUCACGCGGCGGCUUUGGAAGCAGCUAAAGCCAAGAAUAGCUUAAAGGGAAAGGGCUACAACGUGAACAAUCCUGACCAGUUAACGUACAUGUGUCAUGUGUUACUUCCUACAAUACUCAGUGCAGGGAUAAGCCAACCUCUCAGUUUAAAUCUCCUAAAAUUAAGCUGGGCUUGCACUGCAGAGGUUAAAGAUUAACACCAGCAUAAUCCAGUGCUUCUCCCAUUAUUGAAAUGAAUUUCCAGGCAAGCUUUCAGCAGGUUUCAAGACAUUUGUUUGGCUGUGUAAAUACUACCAGGUCUCUAACUACAGUCUGUUUCCUUUAUUCAAUUAUAGCAACCGUUUAAAACUACGGGUAGAGAGGAAGAGUUUAUGUAAACUACCCCGAGCUUGCUCUGUUCCCAGCACAAUCCUAGUCCUGCUGAUGGACCGUAUGCCAGUGCUUUUGCCAACAAUUGCUUAGUGAAGUGGAGCGUGUAUCUAAAAUAUAAUCACCGAGAAAAAAAUAUGCCUGACAGCAUACACAGCCUGCGAAGGCAAUCAGUAGUGCCGCGGCUGCAAAUUUAUGAGCCCUUUGGAGGAAAGAUAUCAGUAUUUCCUUCUAUUAGUUCUAUAGGAUCAUCAUUACCUCUCACUAUUAUUUAUGGAGGAAAUGUUUCAGUGUCAACAGUGCUCUAAAUCUAGCACGGAGCCAGCGCAGCUCGCUUCCCGCAGAGGAGUUGCCUUCUCGACAUAUUUCACCUGUAGGAAGGUUGAGCACUUGUAAGGUUUCUGUCUGAAAGGCAGCAAGUUCCUCAGCCCCUCAGAGUCACCCUUAAUUGUACGAACCCUGCAAAGACGGUCGAGGCCGCGCGGGCAGGCGCUGGGCUGCCUGGGCAGGUGCAGGUCUGCUGGAAGGCGAAGGGCUGGAAUCCUGUAAUGAGGCUCCCUGCAGCCACCCCAGCUCCCUCCCCAUCGUCCUGCAUUCCUAUGGCAACCAGCUCCACUGAAUAAUUUUCUUCUGCUAUUAGAAAAAGGAGCCUAACAACCCUGCCAAAUCCUCUCCUCAGAUUUUCAGGAAAGCCAUUUUUCACCCUCCCCCCCACGUUUGAAACCUACUAGUAAAUUUUGUCCAUAUAAUCAGCAUUUCCACCACACGUCAUCCCCACUGCUCCCUUCCCCAAAAGCAGUAUUAGAUGAAGCAGCGGGUAAGCACCUAGCAGAGUGGAGGACGACCACGUUCCUUCCUUAUCCCCAUGAUCAUAUCCGAAUCUCUUUAAGCAUUUAUGCUUUCAUUUAUGAUAAAAGAUGAAGUUCAAGGAGGAAGGCGGCCCGUGUACUUCAAAGAACUAGCCAAGACAGCUUUACUCAAAGACGCUUCCCACAAGGCCGUCGCCUUCCCACGCCACCCAUCGGCACACCCCAGUAAGAGCAGUGGACACUGCAGGCAUCACUUGACUCACGGCCCAGGAGCACCAAGUUUUGUUCAUCACUAAUAAAAAGCACAAGUGUUUUCAGACACAUGCUUACGAUUUACGAGCUAUGCUACAUGACGGGAGAAAAAUGUCUAAAGGCAAAGCUAUUGAAUGCUCCUAAUGCCGUCUCCAGAUUUCCCACGUUAGCUGGAAAGAGCCAGAAUACUGCGAGACCGAUGAUCUGAUCGCACCAGAUGCCGCUGCUUUAGCGGCACAGUACAUCUGUACUACAAGGGGAUGGAGGUAAGCAGCAUUGUUUGAAGUAAAACUAUCCCAGUUCUCAUGUCCACAAAUAAAAGUCUUA